CUCUCCCAGUCUGUCUCGGUGUCUUCCAGUCUGUCUGUCUCGGUGUCUGUCUCGCUGGGUAUUAUUCGCACUUCCUGUUUCCUCCUAUUCUCGCCGAUCACGCCGCCCGAGCUCUGCAGUCCGUCCGCUCGCGGCUCCCCGGAAGUGAAUAUAACAGGUGACGGGCACGGCCCCGGGGAGGCUGCCUUCCGUGUGUCUGCCGAGAGGCCGCGGCGGCCAUUGUGGGUGAGGGCAGACUACAAGUAAUGGUGGCCGCCCGGAGGCUGACGGGGAGCUGAGCGCCAGGGGACGGCCGCUAGCUGGUACAGGAGGGGGACCUCGGCAACUUCACUGCUCGGCAGCGGAUCACCAUAACCCGGGGGAGAGGGGAGAACAGAGUAAGGGAAGGGCAAUGGGGGAGGUCUCUGGGAUCAGAUUAAUGGGGGGGAGUCUCUGGGAUCAGAUUAUUGGGGCUAUGGGAUCAGAUUCAUGGGGGUCUCUGGGAUCAGAUUAAUGGGGGUCUGGGAUCAGAUUAAUGGGGGGCUAUGGGAUCAGAUUCAUGGGGGGCUAUGGGAUCAGAUUCAUGGGGGUUCUCUGGGAUCAGAUUAAUGGGGAGGUCUCUGGGAUCAGAUUAAUGGGGGUCUCUGGGAUCAGAUUCAUGGGGGUCUCUGGGAUCAGAUUAAUGGGGGUCUCUGGGAUCAGAUUAAUGGGGGGGAGCUAUGGGAUCCAGAUUCAUGGGGGCUAUGGGAUCAGAUUCAUGGGGGUUCUCUGGGAUCAGAUUCAUGGGGGGCUAUGGGAUCAGAUUCAUGGGGGUUCUCUGGAUCAGAUUAAUGGGGGGGUCUCUGGGAUCAGAUUAAUGGGGGGGUCUCUGGGAUCAGAUUAAUGGGGGGGUUCUCUGGGAUCAGAUUCAUGGGGGGGGGUCUCUGGGAUCAGUUCAUGGAGGGUCUCUGGGAUCAGUUCAUUAGGGGUCUGUGGGAGAAAUCAGGAUUAACUGGGAUCCUCUGAGCAAAAUCUGGAGUUAUACCAGCCUUCAUGGGGGAGAGAGAGAGAGAGAGUAACAUAUAUUUGUUUUUGCACAUAUUCUAUCUGGAAUGAAAGGUUCUAUCUCUGAAUGUCCUCUUUGUUUAUCAAUUCUAUCUACACAGAGGAACAGGCUACCUCUUACUGGCUGUAUAUUAUUAUUUUAUUAUUAUUAUUUUGUUGAUAUCAUGACAUGUUCCAGCAAUCUGUCUAUAAUCUAUUGUACUCAUCCCUGUCUCCAAGGCUUCUGCUGCAUUUAUAGAUCUAAAAAUAUAUAAUAUAAAAAAGAUACAGGACUGGUAACUAUGUAUGUGUGUAUGUUCUGUUGAGUAUUUACAUGUGUUUGUGUGUAAUCAUAUUCAUAUUGUCAAAGUAAAGAUGCUGAGUGACAACAGAGUUAUGGAUGCAGAAUAUAGUUUUUAGUUGUGUAAACGUUAGCAUUUUCUGUAACCUUAAAUGGGUUAGAGUGAGAAUUGCAGGGAAUUCAUAGUGAUUUUCAAAUUUAAAGGGACACUACAGUCACAACUUGAUGUAGUUGUUCUGGUGUCUAUAGCCUGUCCCUGCAGGCUUUUUAACCCCUUAAGGACCAAACUUCUGUAAUAAAAGGGAAUCAUGACAUGUCACACAUGUCAUGUGUCCUUAAGGGGUUAAUGUAAACACAGCCUUUUCAGAGAACAAAAAAAAACACUACUGCCUAGUAAUACCUCUAGUGGCUGUCACUCUACGCUCUGCAUGGAGAUGCUGAAAGCUCCCCGUAGAUACAUUGAUUCUGCACAUGCGCAAUAGCCUCACAAUGCUUUCUUAUGGGAAAGCGUUGGAUUGGCUGAGGUCAUCAAAUGUGACAAUCUCAGCCAUGGUAGUGGAGCCGACUGCAGUUAUACCUGCACGAUGCUGGAAAAAACUUAAGUAAAAUACCUUUUUUAAAGGGAGACAAGUGGGGCCAGAAACCUAAAGCGUGAGAUUAUCAGUCAGACCUAUACGUUUCUGUUCCUGACACUAUAGUGUUCCAUUAAGGUCAGAAUAGGUGAACCGGAAAAAUUCUCCCAGUCAGCUAUGCUUUAAGUUCAGCUACUUUGGUCUACAAUUUUAAAUUCAGUAUGAAUUCCCACUUUAGUGAAUGAUCCUGUAUGUCUUGCUUUGCUUAGAUCUGAAGUCAUGGAUGGUCAAGAAGGAGAAACCACGAUCCACAAAAAGUUUGUGACAGAAGCAGAGGUUGAGGAGAAAAAAAAGAAAAGACAAGAGGAAUGGGAAAAAGUAAGAAAACCAGAGGAUCCAGAAGGUACUUUUAUUUUAUUGAAACUCUCAAAUCACUUGUGAUGUUUAUGCCCAUGAGUUUAUGCCCAUUUUUUAAAAAUAAUUUAAUUUUCCUGUCUCUCCCGGUGCGUAUUCCUAACAUUAGGGUGUUUACCUAACUAUUUAGAUUUAAGGGCCAUCUUAAAUGGAUAAAAAUGGGGUUUUAUUUGCCUUUAGUCCCCUAUAGUCUCGCCAUGACACCUAGCUUCAUGCUGCAGCUGAUCUCUGCCAAUCCACUGUCUCCCAUAUAGAAGCAUUGGGGGACUAGUGCACAUGUGCGGCAAUAGUAGACACGUUUUGACUCAAUGCACCUCUAUCUGGAGCAUAUAUCGUCGAUGCAGAGCGUGAAUAUGCCGAAUGUCAGUUCUGCAAAGAUUGCAGAAUCGCACUAGGAAGGGCCGUUGGUGGCUGUCUGAGUGACAGCCACUAAAGGUGGCCCCAAAUGCAAUCACAUUGUGUAGCAAAAACUGCAGUGUAAUUUUUUUUUUUUCUCUUUUAGCCCCUCAAUAGAUCAUGACUGUGUGUAGGCUCCAUGGGGGUGCAUGCAGUAGUACAGCAUAAUGGAAUUAAUGCAGGAACGCACAUGCUCUUCACUUUUCUUGUCGAUGCUCGUUGUGGGGCAAAGUUUCUGCUGUCCCUGGAUGUUCUACUGACUUCUAUUAUUUGUACUUGUUCUAUUUUUCAUCCAAGUCAGCACUUAAAUAGUCUUUCAGAGAAGUGACAUCUCUUCCUUGCCAUUUGAGAUCAAUUUUAGUGUCAUUUUAUUUUCACUGCUUAGAUGAUUGUUACUUUUCUGUAAACGUACAUUCUUCGUUUUGCAUUUUUUUUGAUAGAGUGUCCUGAAGAGGUGUAUGACCCCCGAUCUUUAUAUGAAAAACUUCAGGAACAGAAAGACAAGAAACAGCAGGAAUAUGAAGAGCAAUUUAAAUUCAGUAAGUAACAGCCUGUUUUAUUAAUGGCACAUUCCAGCCUCCAUAAGCAGUACAGCUUGAUGUAGUGGUUAUGGUGCUAGGAUUGCUCAGGCACCUGUUGAAAUUGAGCAGAAUUGUAUUAACGCAGCAGCAGCGGCAUGUCAAAGCAGUGUACAUGUAUGAAGAUUGGUGAUUUAAAAGUACACUUUAGUCCCCAUAGCAACUUCAUCCAAAUGAAGUUGCUAUGUUGAUAGAAGACCCCCAGGUGCACUCUUAACUUAAGGGGUUAAACGGUUCUCAAAUGAUUUUAAGCCCAAUAGUUGUCUCCACUACCGAUCUCCAGGUCCCCCAGGGAGCAAGCGGCUUCUGAAUCUCAGUAACCGGAAGCUGCCAGGCAGGUGAUUGGCUAGAGCAGUAAGAGUGCGCAUAAGGGCCUUCUGGCACCAUAACUUCAUUUAGAUUAAGGUCUUAUGGUGACCAGCUUGUUCCUUUAAGAAUCCUUUGUCAGUGGUUUUAUUAAACCGGACCAGAUUGAUUUAAUGAAAAAAAAACCAAGAAAUAAAAAAACAAAUCAAAAAAACUUCUUCUACACGUCGUAGUGAGCGAGAGAAAGUGAGGCAAGACUAGACAUUCACAUACUUCCUCUCCAGCACCACAGAGACUAUAGAGAACAGACAAUUAAUUGUCCUUCAACAACCUCAGAUUAGGCAUUAGCGAUUAUUACUAACCGCACCCCCUAUUGUUAGGAGUCAAACCGUUAAGCUGGUCACUGUUGGCCAAUGACCUUUCUACAAAUAUUGUAAAGUGGUGCAGUAUUUGUUGCUACUUUAUAAAUGCCAAUAAUAAUAAUAAUGAGCUAUGGAAAGUUCCUGUUUAUGAACUUCAAGUUCUACUGCAAUGGUAGUGGAGGCAGGGAGUGGCUUCCAGCAGAUUUCAGGUAAAAAGUAAAAAUGUCCCUCCUUACAAUGGGGAACCAUGGCACUGGUACCUAUACUGUUCCUUGUAAUCUAUUACCUACAUGAUUUAGUGCUGGACCAGAUUUUCUUUACAUAAUGUUUGCUUAAUUAAUGAUGUGUUUGUGAAGUUUGGAAAAACACUGCAUUGGAUUGAAUUAAAUUAACACAAACAUGUAUUCCUGAACACAAACAUGUAACCACCAUUUAAGUGGCUAGCCCUCCAUUAGCCCUCUUAGAACGGGUUAAAACUCGCCUUAUUUCCAGAGCCACACAGGUCCGCUGGUGCUGGCCCUGCCCCCGAUCUGCCUUCUUGGUGACAUCAUCGGAUUUCACGUUUUUUUUUAGCCAUUAAGCUGUAGUUUUUCUGGUGACUAUAGUGUCCCUAAAAAAAAAAAAAAAAGUGUUGAUCUAUUAAUGCUUGUCCCACACUCUCUUAUUUUAAAGGGACAGUAUAGGAGUUAGAACAAUGUAAUCUUAUUGAAUGAAUUACAGUACCUGGAGUCUCCUGGCAUUGCUCCUCAAUUCGGUGUUAAACCAUUUUCAAGCAGUUUAACAUUGAAUGAGCCUCCAUGGCUUUCCAUCGCCUAGCACCCUUGGUAGGUGUGCUUAAGGCAGAGCUAACACACUUAUUUGUAGCCAUACUGAUUCAUUCAUACAUACAUACAUACAUACAUACAUGGGCAUUGUGAUAGGCUGAAUGCAAUCAGCUGACACACUCAGCCAAUGAGAGUCGCCUAUUGCUAGAGAGGCUAAUGCUUCUUCAUUAACGCAAGCAGCACAGAAAGGAUGGGUAACACUUGUUUGGCAUUAAAACAUUAAAAAACGUUUAAUACUGGGUGAAAGAACCGCGUCAGGGGACCCCAGGCACCAUAACUAUUUUAAUGAGAUUAAGCAAUUACAGUUCCUGUAAUAUCCCUUUAACCCCAUUCAGAAUCCUUUCUCAUAGUCCAACUACAUAUGUUGGUCCUUGAAUGGGUUGAAGGUAGUUAGCUGUCAAGGGUUGUAACGGAGCAUUAGUCCCCCUCCCCCCACUGUAUACAGGUUGUUGUUUUUUACGUUUGUGUGUGUGUGUGUAUAUUAUUUUUAUUUAUUUUUUUUAUUUUUUUUACAGAGAAUAUGGUGAGAGGUUUGGAUGAAGAUGAAACAAACUUCCUUGAUGAGGUUUCAAGGAAACAAGAGCUGAUUGAAAAGCAGAGACGAGAGGAAGAAUUGAAAGAAAUAAAUGAAUAUCGAAUAUCCUUUUAUUGGCGGUAACAGUACGCGGCAUAGCGGUGCUAAGUCCUGGUAUUCAUGAGUUGCGUUUAGUUAGUCAAGCAUUAGUUGCCUUAAUGGCCGUCUCAUUCUCUCCUGUCCCAGAGAUUUUUUUUGGUUGGGGGGUAGGGUAUUGUUUUUACCAUAGUCCUGUGAAUCUACUUUAAGUAACCACUUACCAUCCAUAUUACUUCCCUGCCUUCACCUUGCCACAUACAGUUUGUUUUGCCAAAUACUAAUAUUGGUGCAUCAUGUCCUGUGUAGUUGCUGGACUUUUCCAUUCUGGCAAAGAUUGUCAAUGCUCUCUUCACCCAAGACACUUCCUGAUAUAGUUUCUGGAUAGCGGGCGCAAAAUUGGAUGAAAUCCAAGGCCGGUUUAUUGAAAUCCAGUCACCAGAGCAUUUUUUUUUUUUUUUCAAGCUCUGAUAAACCAAAAUGUGUUUGCAUUUCAAUAGACCUGCCUUGGAUUUCUUAUAAUUUUGUUCCUGGCCUGUUACUUGUUGGAUGAUUUGGGGGGGGGAGUUGAAUCUGGUCUGGUGGCACUUGGAUGAUCCUAUAUUUGUGUGCCUUCUAAUUUUCUUCUAUUGUUUUUGGACAACAAAGAAAUGGGAUUUAAAUCACUUACCUGAUAGUCUAAGAAAUGUAAUCGAGGAUGCGUUAAAGGGGUAGUAAAGCAGGGAUUACUUCCUAGAAGCUGUAGACCAGUCUCUCAAGGUGCAGAUGUGUGAGGCUAUCACUGUUCGCCAUAUUUUUGUUAGAAAUGUAAUGUUUGCGUUCCAUAGUUGACAGAUUGGCCGUUUGUUUGCAAGAACCAAAUAUUAUGCAAAGUAAUAAAGAUUGUUGUUUUUUUUUUUUUUUGUUUUUUUUUUAGAACAUCUUAUAAAAAUGUAAUAUCUUUGUAUUUUUUGCACAUUAUGUGUGACCUUUCGAAUUGUAGUAGUUGAAACCUAGAAUUGCUUGUAAGAGGAGCUAGACUUUUAUUUCACUUUGGCUGUUUUGUUAACUUUUGUAAUGAACCUUUGCAAAAGCUGCAUAGCUCUUGUCUGCAGCCUUGGAAAGCCCUCCCCUUCUAACCCCGCCCAGACUUACUGUGGCUGUCCAAUCCGGAUGUAGCUCAAAGAGAAGUCUUUGCAAGGAAGAUGCUCUGAGCAAUUGCUGCUUCUUGAGUUUAGCUGCACUGAGCUAAACAGCUAGGUAAUAAGAAGACCUGUUGUCUGACAGCCAGGGUAGGUGAAAGUAACAAUUUCUAUUGAAACCUUUUGAAGAAAUCUUCAAAAAAAAACUUAAGUGAUUUAGGAGGCCGGAGCAUGCCUUUAACACGAUUCUAGUUGCUGUCCGGAAGAGGCGCUUUCACAGUUAUAUCCUAGUUAAACUUGGUUGUAGCACAUAUGACUCUCCUAUAGAGCAUUUGAUUGGUGCAGCAAAGUGUGUUGAUACACCUGUAUACUAGUCUCCAAAUGCUUCCAUGUCAAUCAUGACAUUGUAUGUGUGUGUGUGAUAUUUAUUUUUUAUAUUCUUUAUUUUGGUAGUGCAGAGGUUAACAAUCAUGAAUGCCAAAACAAUUCACAUGAGUAUAAUUAUGGCAAACACUGAUAACUCAUGAAUUAUCAAUGGUACUGCACUUUUUAACUUUUUUAUUUUAAGAGAAGAAACAAAAGCACUAGUUCUAUUAGCUGGAUCAAAGAGAGAGAGAGAGAGAGUGAGAGAGAGUAAGUAGGGACCCUAGAACUAGAGAUGUGUUCGGGAGGUAAAUAACACUGGGUGAGCAGAUGGAGUCAGGGCAAUCCGUAUAUAUUUAGAUUUGUACAUUUAGUGAUUUCACCAGCCUAGUGUGUAUAGAUUGAAGCUAUAUCCACUUGAUUGUAAACUUGUCAUCCACAGGAUUUGUGCAUGGACAGUUAACUUUAACACCGUUACAGGGUCUAUUAAAGUUGUAGGAUAACAAAAUAUUAGCAAAAUAAAAUCUUAUUUCUUGGGUUUGUAUUUUUUUUUUCCCCCAGACUCCUUUUUAUUAUACUAUUCAGAUCAGUUUUAUACAUGCUGCACCCAGGCAAAAAAAGCCUUUGUUACAGAAAAAAUAAAUAAAAAAUAAUCCUUUUCAGUUUUUCACCUCCUAGCUGUAUCUACAGCAAUGCUUUAAAGACUAGUAAUUUGAUCUCCGGUUCUCUGUCCCCUAUUCUCCUUAACGAUUUUCUCACAACGCCCGCACAUUGGCAGCUUCAAGCACAGACCACAAGAAGAGAGAAAGCGAUAAAAAACCUCUGGCAAAAUGCCUGGACAGCAAGAAUAAGUUUUCCCAGUCCAAGCUGUUGGCAGGAGCUGUCAGGCAUAGAAGGUAGGUUGCAGCACUGGAAAAUAUUGUUCGUUUUUAAAAGAAUUAUUACUUUUUGUUUAAAUAUCUGUCUUUAACCCCUUAAGGACACAUGAUAUGUGUGACAUGUCAUGAUUCCCUUUUAUUCCAGAAGUUUGGUCCUUAAGGGGUUAAUGUAUAAUAUCUCAUUCCACCUGGAAUGUAUCUGUAUUUCACUCCUGUUUACUAGACAACUGCAGUCAAUGAACUACAGAUAUAUAACAACCAGGGUCCGAUUUUUAUUUUAUUUUUUUAACCCCUUGGUUUUCAGUUUGUAAUAUUUUGUAUGUAAUUCAUUCAGAUAACAUACUGCUUGCUCUCUUUUGAUGUAAAAACUGAUCAUGUAAAAUGCCCAUUGCGAAUAUGACCGAUCACACGCUGUGAUCUGAUAUUACCCCGCUCUGGUUAACAAGACUAAUUUUUUUUUGUUUUAAUUUGUACUACUGUUAAAUAUGUAACCGAAGCCUAAUCGUAUACUGAACUUUGUAAAUAGAAAGUCUAAUCACUUAAAAUACUCUGUGCAUAUGAUCUAAUGGUGCGUCAAUAUAAAAGUAUAGUCUGUGUCUCGUUUGACCGUUCACAUUAGAUGUCCUGAAAGAGCAUACAGAUCACAGAACAUGCUUCACACUAAAUUUUAUUUAAUAAGGACUAAAAUAUAGUGAUGUCCCGAACUGUUCGUCGAACGGUUCGCAGCAGACUCAUCAUUGAGUAAACUUUGACCCUGUACCUCACAGUCAGCAUACACAUUCCAGCCAAUCAGCAGCAGACCCUCCCUCCCAGACCCUCCCAUCUCCUGGACAGCUCACUAAGAAUGCAGCUUCACAAUUGAUGCUGUCCAGGAGGUGGGAGGGUCUGGGAGGGAGGGUCUGCUGCUGAUUGGCUGGAAUGUGUCUGCUGACUGUGAGGUACAGGGUCAAAGUUUACUCAUGAUGAGUCCGUGGCGAACCGUUCGCGAACCGUUCGGGACAUCACUACUAAAAUAGAGACAAAAUGGUAUUGUAUCACAAAAUGCUAAUGCCCUCUGCAAGGAAUGUUGGAAGGGCCCCCCAACCUCCCACUGAUAAUCCUGCUUUUGCUUUCUGUUUGUAUCACAUUAUUUACACAUACGGUACCCAUUGCACAUCUCGGAAAUAGUCUAACUCACACAGAUAUAUAAAUCCUUCCUUUUAAAUAUACACAACUUUAUCAAACUUUGGAUGCACAAGCACAACAUUCUCAUUAUUUAUAUCCUUCUUUCCUUCUUCCUAUAAUUUCAUCACCCACCCCCACUCCUUCGUGUCAUGUCUCUUCGUUCCUUUUCUAUAUCUUACACUUCGUGUGAGUCCCAUGCAGGGAGGAUAUGGCCGCAUAAACAAAGUGGCAGAGUAUUGAGCAGUGAUACUGCAGGGGCAUAAUCUAUACAUCAAAACUACUUCAUUUUGGCGUCCCUUUAACCUCAUUCACCAUAACAUCUGCUAAUACUCCCCACAACAGCUAAUUGUCAAGUACUGUUAAAAGUUUAAAAAAAAUGUUUUUUAAAAGUAGAGUCCAUGGUGUAUUGCAGACCAGUGGGAAAAAACGAUUGAUAGGUCAGCUCUGACCCCUAGGAAUAAUGAAACUAAAUCUGAAUAUAAUUAAUUUAGAACACUUGUUUUGUUUCUUGCUUUUCUGGUAGAGAAUUAUUCCGCUUCCUAAUGAGCUGCACAGCAGAAUUACAUGAACUAAAUGGCAAGGUGCUAGAUGCAACAAAAAUAAAACUUCGAAAGAUUCUAGUGAAAAUUGUCAGCAUUUUGGAGCAUUUUGUAAACAUUAAUGACACAGUGGAUGUCAAUAUCCAAAAUAGAAGAAAAUUACUGCUAAUGUAUUUCUUCAGCUAUGUAAUCAUCUUUUAUUAUUUAUUAUACCCUCCAUUGGGUAUAAUGUGCCUCUAACAACUGUUUCUGGAAUGUCCUCUUGGGUUUUCUGUACCUUCACGUCAGUCUUUGAUCUUUAUUGUUUCACAUCUAAUGAGUGUAUUGAUUACAUUAUAAAGGAAACAUUUAAAAUAAGUAUAAUAAAAUAUAUAUAAUAUUUCUCCCUUUAGUUUUUAUAUGGGAUAUAUUUUUGGAUUACUAGCACUCUCCUACUCCACCCCAUGGGGGGGGGUGAUGAGUCAAAUCAACAAUACUGUCUGCUUGACUUGUCAUGCUGUGUCUGGUAUUGUCUGCACUGUGUGUGCAAACACAAACAUAUAUGAUCAAACACAGGAGUCCCCUUGCACUAUCCACAUGGAUAACGGUCACACUGUUGUCUUGCCCUUCUUCAGAUAUUGCUAAUAUCUGUAAAGGAAAAAUAUGUGACCAUUUUCACUCAAAAGUGACACUUCAGAAAGGAGCUCGUCAUUUCAAAGAUUUUAUUCAGUAAACAAUGAAUUGUGAAUUGAAAACCAGUGAAAAAUGAAGCCAAAAUAGCCAAGCUGUGACCGCUUAGGCCUCGUAGUUAAUAUUUUUGAAAAAGCUUUUCAAAUUAUCUUAAUAAUUUGAGAGAUGUAUGUGUGUGUGUGUGUGUGUGUGUGUGUGUGUGUGUGUAUGUGUGUGUAUAUAUAUAUAUAUAUAUAUAUAUAUAUAUAUAUAUAUAUAUAUAUAUAUAUAUAUAUAUAUAUACUUUAUUGAUAUUUUAAAUAGAUUAUAAUUAAAAAAAAAUUAUAUUUUAGUAUUUUGAAAAUAAUUUUUUUUUUCAGUAGACCCACUUUAAACCUGUUGAUACUUAUGGCUGACUUCUGUUUUACUUAUAUUUUAUUCUAUUUUAGUAAUUCUGAGAGCACAAGUGCAAAGAAAUUAAAAUUGGAUCAGGAUCAUGAAAAAAUGAAAGGUAAGUGUCAGAAAAGAUCAUUUCUUUGGGCUGUUUCAUAUUUUUUUUUUUUUUUUUUUAAAUGAAGACUGCGGAUUCUAUAUGUUCUAUAGCAUCCUGCCUGUCUGAGAAUACUAAGUAUUUUAUAGUGUUAAAUCUUAAUAGCUCCCCAGGUAGUGUUUAUUUUGUAUUUUCACUGGGUAUUCAUAUCAUGACAUAGUAUAUGUUCAGCAGUAGAAUGUCCGUAUACAUAGAUUAAACAAUGGUUGUAAAAAGAUGGGUAUAAUAAUGAAACGAGAGAAACCAUAACAUUGGACAAGUGCACAUACCGGAGCCCUCCUUAUUUGGUCGACAGGAGAAGCCGCUCCCAAAACAUAACUAGUUGGCCAAUAAGAAAGCUUUGUAUGCUCUACAAAGAAGUUGUCGCAAUAAAGGUAGCUAUAAAGAAAGGUUAACAAACUUAAACCGCUUUAGUUUAGUAAAACGUCGCCUCAGAGGGGAUAUGAUAACAUUAUACAUCCAGGCCAAUGCAAGCCAUUGUGUGGAAAUCUAUUCACAAACCGGACUUUACAUAGGAUACGAUGUCUUGCAUUUAGACUGGAAGAAAGAAGAUUUAGUCUAAGGCAAAGGAAGGGUUUUUUUUGUUUUUUUUUCCUGUAAGAACAAUAAGGAUUUUAUCACAGUCUGUACGAAUGUUUAAACGGCAACCAGAUCCAUACUUGCAAAAACAUAUUAAAUGAUAAAAAAUUUCAAGUAGGGUAAUAGCUUCUUGAUUAAAGGAUAAAUCUGACUGCCAUUCUGGGGUUAAGAAUGAAUUUAUUUUCCAGUAUGUUGCAAAAUUGGAAGUUUUUUUUUUUUUGUUUUUUUUGUUUUGUUUUUGCCUUCUCAGCAAAAAACAGAUGUGAGGAAGGCUGAACUUAUGUCUCUUUUCAGCUAUGUAACUAUGUAGGGAAACCAAGUGUGAAGUCUGCCAGAAGCAUGAACUAGCACUAUAGAGGUUGAAACAUAAAAAUUACCAUAAUAAAAUUAAACUAGCUUCACAGCAAAACAAACCGGGAAAAAGGGUGCCACAUCCCAGGAUUGUGUAGAAGGUCUGGAGGAGCUUGGUGUGAGACCGGGUAGGCCAUGGUCUUUAAAUAAGGUGUCUGUUUCUGCUUGACCUGUAGCACUAAAUUGCUUACCGUUAUUGGCUCAGGGAGCUGCCCAGUGUAAGGCCUGCCUUUUGAAGAGACUUGGUGAUAGGUUGCAUGGACUUUCUCCACCCCAAAGUAACUCUACUCAAAUUCUUAUAGAAAGUGAGGGCAGUCGAUUCCAACUCAUAUGGUGCUUUCUCUUAUAAUGCAGACAUAAGGCAAAUUUUAUCAGUGAGCGUUUGGAAUCUCAGGAUAAUGUACCUAAAAUACAGCUUCCCUCAAUGCCAUUAGUCCCUGUAUAAUAUCCAGGACCUCUCUUUCUGUAGCUUGUAUAUGGGUUGUAACGGCCUGUACCUCAGCUUUUACUACUGCCAAGUCGGCUGCUAAUAGUUUCUGUAUGUCUGUAUAGUAGCUGGAGUGUUAUCUUUCCUCACUAUUGACAUUGCAUCUUCUGUUGUUGGUAUGUUAGGGUCUUGGAUUAAUUCCUGCCUGUCAUCCUCCUGUGGGGAUCUGCAGGCCUCAGAGUCCAGUGGCAUCGCAGCCUUAUGACAAGGUGUUCCCUAGAGCAUUUGACCACUAUCUCUGGCUCUAAGAGUGUGGAAUGGAGGUUUUUGUGAUUUCUGACCCUCAGCAGACGGCCAGGAGUUGGGGGUCAGUAGGUAGGUAGGAAGUCAGUUAUGCCACUGGCGCCACCUGUGCAGUAGGCCUUGGAUGUCCAGCACCGGUUGUUUGCCCUGCAAUUGUAGGGCACCUUUUGGAAGACAACCCCGUUGGUUUUUUGUUUUUGAGAGGAUGCAGUAGUAAGUAAGUAUGUUUGGACGGAUUAGUCGAAAUAAGUUUGUGACAAGAUAUGGUGUCCGAGCUGGUGUGUUGCCAGCUCCGCCCCCCAGGUUUUUUUUUUUUGUUUUUUUUAAACCCAAUGCAGUUUAAGCAAGACCCAAAUGGUUGUCUGUGGAAAAAUAACAAAUUAAAAUAAUACUAGUUCUAUUUUUUUUAUACAUAUUUUUAUGUAUUAUGUAUUCUUCUUUAUCCUGGUAAAAUAUCAAGUAUUUUACCUCACCAUACCUCAUCAGGCUCACCAGGUAUACGAAUUCAUAUGAUGUUUUGUGUCACCUAACCAUAUAACGCAAUUAGAUAGAUAUAGAGAUAUACACGUAUAAUACAUUCUAUAUAUACACCACUAAGCUGUGUGUUCAGGCAUUACAUAGUCAAUGCUAUUGAUAUAAUAUGCUUGUUGGAAAUUCUAAGAACCCUAUCAGGCCACCCCAUGUGCCAUGGACACUCAGAAAUAAUAAAGAGCUUGUAACAACUUUUGUCAUUUGUUCAUGCCACUCAAGAUCAACCAUAUCUCUGUAAAAUACAAGACAAAUUUCCAAAAAAUAGAAUAUUUUACAUUGUCACAAAUACCUCCUAUUAAUCAGGCAGCAUUUAGCUGCACACAAUAUACAUUCUUAUAGAUACUUAAACUUAAGUAUAAUCACGGCAUUUUGUUACACUACGUAACCGUUAAAGAAUGAGUCGCCAUGUAUGCAAUUUGGGUUGCUGGGGUCUGUCUUCUCAUGUUAUUCAUUUAAAAGGUGUUUCGCUCUGUUCUAUGAUGUGUGCAUUUAUUUGAAUUAUUACACACAUUUGCUGUGGCUCUUAAUACAUGUGUUUUGCAUUUUUUAGUAGCGUAUUCUAGAUUACUGUCUGUGUUCUCCUCCAAACAGAAAGCCUCUCCAGCUCCCUUGGAAGCAGUUCUUCAGCAGGUUCCCUCCUUCACUGCCCUCCAGCCUCGGUUUGUAUCGGUAUCCUGCCCGGACUUGGGGCUUACUCGGGGAGCAGUGAUUCGGAGUCCAGCUCCGACAGCGAAGCCACAAUAAACUCCAUGGGAAAGAUCGUCACCUCUGUUUUUCGCACGGGCACUUUUCUCGAUGCUCCUUAAACUGGGUGAAAUUACCAAAGAUUUUAAAUGAAUUCUACAUACAGACUUACCCAGUAGCUGAAUAACUCGGACAGGAUCUGUGUCCAUGCUUUGCAGAACGCAGAAUCAUUUUUCACGUAGAUAAUUACUUACCUGUUUUUUGUUUCUAAUAAGAACGCUUAUUAAAACGAUUAAACUCUGUAGCUCAGCAACUGUGUUUUAAUUCAAUAUGGACAUUACUAUAACUCUUGUUGAGGGAAAAUAUAUAUUUUUUUUUUUCUUCUUAUUUACAUUCUCCAUCUUCCUCCCCCCCUUCCCCCCCCUUUCCACUAUUAUAAAGUUGAUAGAACCCUCCUUAAUGCAAUUUUUCCCCUUUCUACUAUUAUUGGCAUUUAUAUAGCACCAUGGUAUUCUGCAGCGCU